AUGGAUCUUAGAAGUCUUCUCGGAGCAAUGGGUGGAGCUGGCGGUAUGGGUGGGCCUCCAACGGACGGACCGGCCAUCGAUAAUGCCGAAACAUGCUAUAUCUCCUCCCUCGCCCUCCUAAAAAUGCUCAAGCACGCCCGCGCAGGAGUUCCCAUGGAAGUCAUGGGACUCAUGCUCGGCGAGUUCGUGGAUGAUUAUACGGUACACGUCGUCGACGUCUUCGCUAUGCCACAAAGUGGUACUGGUGUCUCCGUUGAAGCUGUCGACCCUGUGUUUCAGACAAACAUGAUGGAGAUGUUGAAGCAGACUGGAAGACCAGAGAUGGUAGUCGGCUGGUACCAUUCCCACCCCGGUUUUGGCUGCUGGCUCUCCUCAACCGACAUCAACACCCAACAAUCCUUCGAACAACUAAACCCCCGCGCCAUCGCCGUCGUCAUCGACCCCAUCCAAUCCGUCCCCGGUAAAGUCGUAAUCGACGCCUUCCGCCUCAUCAACCCAACCAUGCUCAUGAUGGGCCAAGAACCACGCCAAACCACGUCUAAUAUCGGACACCUCAACAAACCCUCAAUCCAAUCCCUCAUCCACGGUGUCAACAGACAUUACUACUCCAUCGCGUGUGGAUACCGCAAGACAGCCCUCGAAGAACGUAUGCUCCAAAACCUUCACAAGGAAGUCUGGACAUCCGGCUUGGUCCUCAAAGAUUUCGAACACAGAGACCACGAUAACGAGGAGGCGGUCAAGGGCAUGGUCAAGUUGGCGCAGGAGUACACGAAGAGGGUUAAGGAUGAGCAGGAGUUGAGUAAGGAGGAGUUGCAGGUUCGUCAUGUUGGAAAGCAGGAUCCGAAGCGACAUUUGCAGGAGUCUGUGGAGGAGGUCAUGGCGAAUAAUAUUUCGACGAUGUUGGCGAGUAACAUUGAUUCGACGGCGUUUUAGAGUGGUGCUGGGGGUGUGCAAAGAUAAGUGUGAGUGGAUGAAUAUACCCGUUGAUCGCAUGUGCAUUCGGGUUCCACAAACCUGAGGUCCUUCGUCGAUGGUGAUAUAAAUGUCGAAUUUAUCCAAUUGUGCCCCAUGAAUUGAUAAUACGUGCCUUUCCAGCACUCAAAACCCACCAGAUAUU